AUGGCGGAUCGCCUCACGCAGCUCCAAGACGCUGUCAACUCGCUUGCAGAUCAGUUUUGUAAUGCCAUUGGAGUGUUGCAGCAAUGUGGUCCACCUGCCUCUUUUAGUAAUAUUCAGACGACAAUCAACAAAGAUCAACCAGCUAAUCCUACAGAAGAAUAUGCACAGCUUUUUGCAGCACUUAUUGCACGAACAGCAAAAGACAUAGAUGUUUUGAUAGAUUCCUUACCCAGUGAAGAAUCUACAGCUGCUCUACAGGCUGCAGAAAUGAAA